UUUCGGGGGGUGCAGCACGGGGGGCUGCGGCCGGGCCUGCCGCUGUCGCAGCACAGCUGAGGAGCUGCCUCUUCCUCGUCCCUAGAAGAACAAAGGCAGUUUUGUGGGGCGACGUGAAGCCCCUGAAUGUGGCCCGGAUCAGAGGGCAGAGGGCUGGAUGUGUGUGUGGUACUUCCAAGUGCAGGAGCCACCGCGGUGCCCCCCUGGGCAUGCUGUCCUCCUUCCAGAGGCCCAAAUAAAUCAGCAAAAUGCUGCUCUGCCAGUGCCAGGGUGGGCAGAGGCUCAUUUUGAAUCCCACUGCUUGCUUCUGUGUUUCUUAGGGCUCUGUCUUUACAGAUGCCCAGCUGCUUACUGCUGGCUCAAACUUGUUGCCAUCUAUGAAAGCUAAUUUCUGACUUCAGAGGUGUUUUGUCCAAUUCGAUUCAAUCUGUGGUGAGAUCAGGUCAUACCAACUGCUGCAAAGGGACAGGUGACAUCUGAGGUGUGUCUCAUUGGAGGCAGCUUCUGAAAACAUCAGGGCUUGUGCUGCCAGAAAGGAGAGUAAUGUUUUCCACCAUGGCCUCAGUUUCCUUUGAAACGUGGAGGAAAUUUGCUAUUUUUCCUCUUAAAUUGUUCUGGAGAAAAUGUAGUAUAACUUGUUGUUUAACUCAAAAUGCAUAUUGCACUGUUUUCUUUUCCUGCCAGUGUUUGGAAGAGCAAUACAUGCCCUAGCACGGAUUAGUGAUGAGUUUUGGUUUGACCCCGUAGAAAAAGGUGUAAGUGAAUUUGAUUUACUGUCAUUUUUAAAUCUUUACUGGAAGCCUCAUAUUUACAGUGUUGAAUAUUGUGUUGUUUUCCACAGGUACCCUCAGUCUGAGAUAGGUUUUCUCUCAGCUUCCUCCACUUCCAGGAGGGACAGAUGCCAUAUUUUCUCUAAUUCUUGCCUUAAGAUCAGUGAAUUCUUCAAGGUCAGCAUAUGCAUGUAUCUUCUUCUCAUCUAUGUUUUUCCAACACUACUGCUGGACAGCUGUCUCUCAGCCAUGUCAGAAGGAAAAACAGUUAUCCCUCCCAUGUAAAUUGAUAAUUAAGUCAGUUCUUCCUGUGUUCAGAUGUGCAAAUGUGCUGGAAAGGAACGUAGAGAAAUGCAGCAUUUAUACCAAUAUUAAUGAUCAUCACGUAACUUUUCAGCUCCUCUGCAGACAUGGUGUUGUAAAAACAUAUAAUCUGACCUUUCAGGAGUGUGACCCCUUGCAGGCUGUUUUUGCAAAGCACAUGUGUCCAAACAUCCUUAAAGUCCACUCCAGGCUGCUGGCUGACAUCAUGGUUCACUUCCCCACCAGUCAAGAAGAAAUAACUUUGUCAGUUACUCCAAUGAAAGUUUGUUUCAAGAGUUACAUCGAGGAAGACACUGAUUUUUCAAAGACAAUGCUUACUGAAAUACAAUUAAACCCAGAUGAAUUUGACUACUUUCAAGUUGGAGUAGAUUCUGAAGUGACAUUUUGCCUUAAAGAAUUGAGGGGACUGCUGGCAUUUUCAGAAGUUACCAGUCUUCCUGUCUCAAUCCAUUUUGAUGUGUCUGGAAGACCUGUCGCCUUCAGCGUGGAGGACAUGGUGCUGGAAGCCAGCUUUAUCCUGGCUACCUUGUCUGAGGUUGAAAAGGCCACAGUUUCCCAGCAGCCUCCCAGCUUCUCCCAGCCACAGGAAAGCUUCAAGGCACAUACGGGUAAAUCUGAAACAACCUCCAUGAACAGAGACAGCAGCACAGCAGCAGUUGCUUCCAAAAAGCCCCAGUGGAACAGAAAUGCCUCAGACACAGGGUCAGUGAAACCUGCAAGUUCUUUGGUAAAACAAGAGAUUAAAAACAUUCCCAGAGAUACAAAGAGAGAUGUGACAGGCAUGGAAGGAACAGCCAUGGCUGAAGACCAUGUCCUGCUGGAUGGAGAGGAACCAUCUCACUAUCAGAAGUUUCAUUCCUUAUUUUUUGGAGCAGUUUCUUGUGAGGAGAAGGAUGCCAUGAGUCACACCUUCCAUAGUUUAGCAACAGCUAGUGACACUGAGGAGGAUUUUGGCAACUUGCAGAGCUCUCAGGUUUUCUAGUGACAUGAAGCGUUUGAAUCCAAGUAAAAUUGCCUUGAAAUCUCUGGCUGGAGUGGCAAUGGCUGAGCUGUUUCUGGUUUUAGAAGAUUUAAUUGCAGUUCUUGAAGUCAGAACUCAAUGGAGACUCUGUGUCCUGAGCUUGUGUGGUGACCUGCACUUCACUAAUGCCUGGGAAGCAGGAAUCCCACCCAAAUGGUGCCCUUUUCUUGCAAGAUAUGUAAGAAAAGGGCAGAACUCAACUCAGCACCAAGUGCUGUGUCGGGUCCUGCUCUGCCAGCACAGGUUAAGUGUUGAUUUGCUGUUCCUGUUCACCCCAGCAAGGGUCAUUCCACAACCAUUGGCUACUGUUGUGACACAAGACAAAUUUAUUGACUAGGCUGAAUUUGUGCCUUGCCCACUGCUGUGGGUGUUGAGCUCCCCAGCACCUUCUCACUCAAACUGUGUCACCCCUUCAGGCAAAUUAAACUCCUGUUGUACAGUUACAAGUGCUGGAAAAAGAAACCAUCCCCUCUGGCACAGCCACAUGUGGGAGCUGGAGAGGAGCUGGUACAGAGCUGGCCUUUCACUGAACAGCCAGAGUUGGAAGAGAAAUGCAUUUAAAAAAAUAAAAGUGAUGAGUUCCA